AGCGGUAGUUGGAUAGAGAGAUAGAGACAAAGGGUGAAGAGAGAAGAAAACGUUUGUUGGAUGUUUCAGUUCAGUUUUACUUAAAAGGGGUAUUUAUUAUAUGAAGGAAGGAAGCAUGGUGACGGACCAAGAGAUAGCCAGAGGGGUGGAGAAUUUGCUCCGGCAGUCCGACCCCACCGUCGCCACCACCUUAAACGGCGUCAUUCAGCAGCUGGAAGCCAAGCUAGGUGCCGACCUCUCCCAUAAAGCUGCCUUCAUUAGGGACCAAAUCAACCUCCUGCUCCGUCCCCCUCAAACCCAGCCUCAGCCACCUCCUAAAGACCAUUUUAACCUCCAACAUCACCCUCAGUUCCCUCCCCAUCAACCCCACCUACAAUUUCCUCCCCAUUUUGCCCUCCACCAUCACUCUCAAUUUCCUUCCCACAACCUCAACUUCCGCCACCACCAUCCUCCUCUCACCUCUCAACCACCGCCGCAGCUUCGACCCCAAUUGCAGCAGCAACAUCAGCAGCUGCAGUUCCAGCCGGUUGUCACGAAAGCCGAAGUUUCCGCUCAGAAUGCCGCUCCCAUUGCCACCGCUGAAGUUCCCAAAGAAAGCAGCACUCCAGUUGCACCCAAAAGAAGAGGUGGAUCAGGGGGUCUGAACAAAGUUUGUAGUGUUUCACCAGCACUUCAAGCCAUAGUUGGUGAGCCAGCUUUGCCCCGGACCGAGAUUGUCAAGCAGCUGUGGGCAUAUAUAAGGAAGAACAGCCUGCAAGAUCCAAGUAACAAGAGAAAGAUAAUUUGCGACGAAGCCUUACGCCUAGUGUUGGAGACAGACUGCACUGACAUGUUCAAGAUGAACAAGCUGCUUGCAAAGCAUAUUACCCCACUUGACCCUUCAAAGGAAUCAAGUCAAACUAAAAAAGGGAAGGUAAAUGUUGAGUCCACCACUGAAGGUGUCGAACAAGGGCCCAAACCUGUAAUCAUAUCUGAGGCACUUGCCAAGUUUUUGGGUGCUGGAGGAAGGGAGAUGGUAGAAGCGGAGGCAGAAAGCCGUGUUUGGGAAUACAUAAAGGUUAAUCAUUUGGAGGAUCCAUCAAACUCAAUGGUGGUGCUGUGCGAUGCCAAUCUUCGUGAGCUUCUCGGAUGUGAAAGCAUAUCCUUGAUGGGAAUACGUGACUCACUAAUACGACAUCAUUUACUUAAGCAAUCCUGAAGUCUCUGAUAUAGAUCUUCUAAU